AUGCAGGCUAAUAGGACUGAUCAACAGAGAAAAUAAAAUAAUUACGAUCGCUCUGGUAGUGGUGCAGGCACAAAUGCAUAGUAUUCAAAUAACCGAAGAGACCAGGACGAGGAAGAGGAUAAAUUUGAGAGUUGGAGGAAUACUAAGAAUGCCAACACCACAUCUGGUGUUAGACCGACAUCAACAACAUAAACGAGUGGUCAAAACACUGGAAGCGGUUCUGCCAAUAAUAACUCAAUCAAUCGUGAUUAACAACACUAUGGGACCAAAAAUGCUGGUGGAAAUGUAAAUAACUAUGCUUCAAGCUUUGAUGUCUUCUCUGGGAAAAAGGAGAAUGCCUUCCAAAGUGAUGACAGUAGCAGUGAAGAAGAGGAUUAUGGAGAUGAUCUAGAUGAUGACAACGUUGCAAUCAGAGGAGGAGACAGAUUAGAGUUGAAUAGUUAAAUUGAUAGCAGAUCUGAGAUUUCUGAAUCAGUAGGAAGUGUGGAUCAAGAAGUUGAGCCUUAUGAUUUCGAUAACUUGCCAGCUCAUGCUUGUGCAUAUUGUGGUAUUCAUGAUGUUUAGUGCGUAGUAAAAUGCUCAAUCAAAGACUGUGGAAGAUGGUUCUGCAACGGCAAAGGUAUAAAUGAGUAUGGAAGUCACAUUAUGCUUCAUCAGGUAAAAUCCAGACAUAAGGAAAUUGCUUUGCACCCAGACUCACCUUUGAAAGAUACAGUAAUAGAAUGCUAUAAUUGCUCUAGCAAGAAUAUAUUUUUACUGGGCUUUGUUUCAGCAAAAUAGGAAGCAGUCAUCAUUUUACUUUGUAGAGAGCCUUGCUUGAGUCAAUUUUCAGUAAAGGAUAGCAAAUGGGAUAUGGAGGGCUGGUAAGCCUUGAUUGAAAAUAAAGCUAUACUCAAUUGGUUAGUUUAGUUCCCAGCUGAGUAGGAAUUCAAGAGAUCAAGAAAAAUCACUGCCUAGUAAAUUAACAAAUUAGAAGAACUCUGGAAAGAAAAGCCCUCUGCUUAAGUAGGUGACUUAAGUGUCAUUCAGCAAGAAAAGCCAAUGCAACCUGUUUUAUUGAGAUAUAAAGACCCUAAAUAGUACAAGGAUAUAUUUGAGCCAUUGAUCAAACUCGAAGCUGAUUAUGACAAAAGCUUUAAAGAAUCACAAACCUAAAGAAAUAUCAGAGUCAGAUUUGACUAUGGACUCAACAAGAAGAAAUAAGCUUUCUUUAUAUUCCCUAACGAAGAUAAUAUUAGACUAGUGCCAGGAGAUGAAUUAAAGCUUUGCUAUGAAUAAGAUGGCUAAGUUAAAUGGUAGUCUAGAGGGCAUAUCGUUAGAAUAGUAAAUGAGGAAAUAUGUCUAGAGCUCAAAAACUCAAAAGGAUGUCCUAAUGAUUCAGAUAUUAGGUUUACUAUCGAGUUCAUUUGGAAAUCAACCUCCUUUGAUAGAAUGAAGCAAGCUUUGAAAAUCUUUAUGAAGGAUGAAACUUCUCUAUCCAAUUACAUCUUCUAUAAGCUACUAGGUUACAAUACCAAAGAUUAAUUCAUCAAGACUAAUAUACCCAAACAUUUAUCAGUGCCAGGCUUACCAGAAUUGAAUCACUUUCAAAUGAAUGCAGUUAAAAAGGCAUUAAUUACUCCUUUAUGUUUAAUUCAAGGUCCUCCAGGCACAGGAAAGACUGUAACUUCAACAACUCUAGUGACUCAUUUAGUAAAGUAAAAAAUGGGAAAGGUUCUGGUGUGCGCACCUUCAAACAUUGCAGUUGACUAAUUAACUGAUAAGAUUAAUAGUACUGGAAUUAAAGUAGUCAGAAUGUGUGCAAGAUCAAGAGAGUCUGUGAGCUCAAACGUUGAUUAUCUUUCACUUCAUGAGCAGAUCAAGUAUUUAUCACAUGGUCCGUUCAAGCAAAUGCAAGAGCUAAUACUAAAGAAAGAAGAGCAAAAUGAGUUGACUGAAAAAGAGGAAAGAUAGCUAAAGGAACUAAAGAGACAAGCUGAGGAUGAGAUACUUAAAAAUGCAGAAGUAAUAUGUACAACUUGUGUUGCAGCUUUUGAUAGAAGACUGAGAAGUUUCAAAUUCUCAUAAGUUCUGAUUGAUGAAGCAACAUAAGCUACUGAGCCAGAAACAUUGAUUCCUAUUCUUAGAGGAGCUAAGCAUGUAAUCCUGGUAGGAGAUCACUGCCAACUUGGUCCAGUCAUUAUGUGCAAGAAAGCAGCCAAGGCAGGAUUAAAUCAAAGUCUCUUUGAAAGACUAGUUUGUCUUGGAAUAAGACCAAUUAGACUCUAAGUACAGUAUCGUAUGCAUCCAGUUCUCAGUAGUUUCCCCUCGAUGACAUUCUACGAAGGAUCUUUGCAGAAUGGUAUCUCAAAAUAAGAUCGAGUCCUUGAGGAUUUCUAAUUCUAAUGGCCAGCUUCUGACAAGCCAAUGAUGUUCUAUCAUUCAAUAAGCAGUGAGGAAAUCUCAGCCUCAGGAACAUCUUUCCUUAAUAGAUAGGAAGCCUAUAACGUUGAGUCUCUAGUCACAAAUUUCCUGAAAUUCGGCUUAACUCCUGAGUAGAUUGGAAUCAUUACUCCAUAUGAAGGGUAGAAAGCAUUUAUCACAAGCUAUAUGCAGAGAUCUGGCUAAUUAGACUCUAGCUUGUAUAAGGAAAUUGAGGUAGCAUCAGUUGAUAGUUUCUAAGGCAGAGAGAAGGACUUUAUUUUACUAUCUUGCGUUAGAAGUAACGAAGCUUCUGGCAUUGGUUUCUUGAAUGAUCCAAGAAGACUAAAUGUAGCUCUUACCAGAGCUAAAUAUGGUUUAGUGAUAUUUGGUAAUGCCAAGGUACUGUCAAAGCAUGACCUUUGGAAUAAUUUACUAAACGAAUUCAAAAACUAAGGAUGCCUUGUCGAAGGUCCAACCAUAUUGAACUUAAAACCAUGCGUGAUUGUUCUGAGAAGACCAGUUAAGUACAACCCAGAUAAAAGAGACUUCGUAUUAACAGAGACGGCUCUGAAUAACUUUGAAAAAUCUCAAAUGAGCUAAAUAGGAAUGUCAACUCCUUCAAGUAUUAGAGAUGAAUUUGACACCAGAAGUGAAAUGAGCAAAACAGAGAGUUAGAUAUCAUAUGGAAACAGAGUCAGUUAGUUCGGUUUCACCGACAUGUUUGGUUUGAGCAAAUCUCAACAACCCGCAUCAUAGCUAAGUAACUAGCAACAACACCACCACUCAUCAUCCAGCUAAAUUAACACUUAAAAAUCUUACAAGUAAAACGACAAAAAGACCUAGGAUGGAAAGGGCUCGAAGCAGCAGACGGAAUCAAUGAGUUCCAAACAAGGUCAGAUGCUGAAGUCAGGCAAUGACAAUGACUUCAAGAACGACAAGUUCUUAAGCAGCAUCGGAGGAGGAAACUAGUGA